AUGGCCAGCAACAUCCAGCGCCGCAGAUCCAUCGAGCCCGGCGUCGCCUUCGCCUGGGCCCAGCCCGACAAGAGCGCUCCCUCGUCGCCGUCACGCGAUGCCCAGCCGCUCGCCGAGCGCAGGGCAUGCAGUCACCACCACCCGCCUGCCGCCAACGCCGCCCACCAUCCGGCUCUCGUCGACGAGCGGCCCGCCCCAGGCUCGCUGUCGUCGCUCAACCUGAAGAGCGACUAUGUCGUCCCGCCCAUGAGCAGCGUCUCGGUCGAUCCGCCCAUCCCCGCCGAGACGGACUCGCGCUCUGCCCAGGACCAGCAUCCCAUGAGGACGAACCUGCCGUUGCUCUCCCAGCCGCUGCUCUCCACCGAGGCCUUCCACGCCGCUCCCGCCCACCAGCGCCUGCACGUGGCCGUCCCCCACGGUCACGCGACUUGCACCGACGACCGCACUGCAACCAGCUCAACCGCCGUCGUCGCCGACGACUCGGGCGGCCCAACCCUCCUUACUCUGCCACCCGAGAUCCGCCGCAUGAUUUACCAGCACAUCCCCUACAUCACCAACCGCCAGCCGCUCAUCUACUGCCUGUCCAUCUUCAAGAACAGGAAGCAGCAUCCGCUCGCCGCCAUCUGCCGCCUGGUCCGCUCCGAGGCCCUCGAGCUCUACUACAGCUCCAACACCUGGAUGGUCAAGCUCGAGUACCGCGACUUCUACGACUCCUUCGUCUCCUGGAUCUCGUCUCUGGACGAUCCGUCGGCCAACGCCCUGCGCCUGCUCCGCGUGAGCGUCCGCGGCUCCAUGUUCGCCAAGUCCAUGAUCUACGGCCCGGACGGCUAUCUUGUCGAAAAUGUCGACAAGGGUGCUUACGGCUACGCCACCUUUGCCGUCGAUCUGAGCGAGAAGUUCAAGUUCGGUAAGGUCGAACUCCUGGCGUGUGAUGGGCCGAAGUCCGCCGGCUUGGAGGGUAAAGUAGCCCUGGAGGGUAUUGCUAAGGUCUUGUGGGAAAAGAAAGGUCGUGGCCAACUGCGCGGCUCCGACGUCAAGAAGGCCAUGGAUACGUUCUUGAGCUUCACUGGCUGGUGGCUCUGA